AGCUAACUAUCAAAAAUAUUUGAAGUUAUCUUCACGUGUCUUCACAGGACACAGACAUGAAUAUUAUUAUUUAUUUUUUAAUUUAAUUAGAGUCCUAUGUCAACUACAGACUACGGUAGGUUGAGUACCUGCGUUAACGGUAGUUAGAACUUAAAACUACCGUUCAUUUGGAGAACAUUCUAUAAGAUUAAUAACUAUGGAGUACAUCAAACGACCAUUAAACGAAGAUGAGACGGACAAGCAAGAGUUAUCUUUGCCACAAAAAAAGUACUACAGGCAAAGAGCUCAUUCAAAUCCUAUUGCCGAUCACGAUUUUGAUUAUCCCAGUUGCCCAGAGGCUUACGAUUGGUCAACAUUAUACCCUGAUGUAACAAACCCAAAGUCCAACAUUUAUAACAAACGGGUUGAAAUGUUGGAUAUUGGAUGUGGUUAUGGCGGCCUCUUAGUUACUAUGUCGCCUAUGUUUCCGGAUUCGAUGAUCCUCGGCAUGGAGAUAAGAGUAAAAGUAUCUCAAUAUGUCAUCGAGAGGAUUAAAGCACUUAGGGCUUUUAAACCCAAUUCCUAUGAUAAUAUAGCAUGUAUAAGAACUAAUGCAAUCAAAUAUUUACCAAAUUUUUUCAAAAAAGGCCAAAUAAAAAAGAUGUUUUUUCUUUAUCCAGACCCCCAUUUCAAAAAGUCCAAACACAAGUGGAGAAUCAUUAAUGACACUACAUUAUCUGAAUACGCUUAUGUGCUGGCAGAAGAAGCACUAGUGUAUACAGUUACCGAUGUGAAAGAUUUGCACGAAUGGAUGGUUCAGCAUUUCUCUGAACAUGGUCUUUUUAAACGUGUUCAUGAUGAUGACUUGAAAGAUGAUCCUGUCGUUGAUAAACUGUAUGAGAGUUCAGAAGAAGGAAAAAAAGUGACAAGAAAUAACGGAGACAAGUUUUUAGCUGUUUUUAUGAGAAUUAAGGACCCAGAUUUAUAGUAUACAGCAUCUUAUAACAAACAAUUUAAAUAAAAGAUUGAAUCCAUGUCUUUAUAAUAAUUUUAGAAAUUAUUUUUAACAAGAAUAGACUAGUUUUACAAUAUCAAACUUACUAUUAAUUAGUAAUGGGAACAAUUGAAUGAUUAGUGAAUUUGUGGAAGGGGUGUGUGGCUGUGGCUGUUCACACAUUUAUAGCAUUCUUUUAUUAUCUAUGAGAGAUUCAAUUAAUUUGAUUUUAAUAUAUGUCUCUCUAACUAUUA